AUGGGAGUUCCGAUUCGCAAAUCCACUCGUCGUCUGGGUAAAUCUACUGGUGCUAGUAGUUCUGCUUUAAAAUCGAAAGCUCCGAUGAGCUCUACCUCUCAGAUUUUGGCAGAUCCAGCUAUUGGUGUUCCGAUCGUCUCUGUUGCUGAGAUCGAUAUUGUGGAUAGCCCACACUCACCGUUUUUUCUUCACAGUGCCGAUCAUCCAAGCUUGUCUCUUGUUGCAGAUCGGUUAGACGAAACAAACUACAACCAUUGGUGCUCAGCGAUGAAGAUCGCUCUUGAUGCAAAGAACAAACUCGCUUUCAUCGAUGGUUCUCUUCCUCGUCCCGAUGAAGGUAAUCCUAUCUUUCGGAUCUGGUCUAGAUGCAACAGUAUGGUCAAAUCAUGGAUGUUGAACGCUGUUUCUAAACAAAUCUAUGGUAGUAUUUUGAAUUUUGAUGAUGCUACUAUGGUUUGGAAAGAUUUGCACAAUAGAUUUCAUAUGACAAAUUUGCCAAGAACUUUCUACUUGAUUCAGCAAAUUCAAGAUCUGCGUCAAGGUUCUAUGGAUCUUUCUAGCUAUUAUACAGCUUUGAAAACUCUAUGGGACCAACUUGAUGGCAGUGAACCUACAGAAUCUUGCUUUUGCUGUCGUUCUUUCAACUGCGUAAGUAAACGCAACUAUCAAGAAAAGGUAAACCGAGGACGUCUCAUUAAGUUUCUUGCUGGUUUAAAUGAGUCAUACUCUAUUAUCAGAGGUCAGAUCAUCAUGAAGAAGCCUUUGCCUGAUAUAGCUGAGGUCUAUAACAUUUUAGACCAAGAUGAUAGACAAAGGCAAUUUGGAGUGAGUGUUGCACCAGCUGCUUUUCAGGUUGGGAAUGUUGUGCCACAUCCUGGAGUGAUGAAUGUCAUUGUUGCUCCCACCUCUGCUGGCUCUAUCAAUCAAUAUCGUUGCUACAAGUUACAUGGUUAUCCACCUGGCUGGAAACCGAGGAAACAACAGUUUAAUGCCUCUCCACCCUCUCAAUCGUUUGCUCCUACUCCCAUUGUUGCAGCUCAAGUUUCUGCUUCUGUUGAUUCCAACGUUAAAAGAUCUGAUGGUUUUGAGAGCCUUAUUGGGAAUUUAUCCAAGGACCAGUUGCAAAAUUUCAUUGCAUACUUUAGUUCUCAUCUCACUCCUCAAGCUAGCUCUCAGACUUCUCAGACUCUAGCACCAACAACUGAGGCUUCUGCUUCCGGUAUAACCUUCUCUAACUCUACCUAUUGUUUUAUUGGGGUGUUAACUAUUGCUCAAUAUGUGACAAAUAGAAGGUCUUGGAUCAUUGAUUAUGGUGCCACUCAUCAUGUUAGUCAUGAUCGGAGUAUGUUUAAUGACCUUGAUAUAUUUGUUCGUCAGCAUGUUAAUCUUCCCAAUGGAAGUUUGGUUAUGGAUCCUACCAAGGGAUUGACGAUUGGAAGAGGUAGACGGAUUACAAAUCUUUAUCUCUUGGAUGUUGAAGAACCUGCAGAUUCAAGACAACUAUCUUCUUGUAGUUUGAAUGAUGAAAUAGAUUCGGCUGUUUGGCAUAAGAGACUUGGUCACACUUCUUUUUCUCGGAUUGAUAUGCUUAGUGAUGUUCUUGGGAUUUCUAAACAAAGGAAUAAAAGAGUUUUACAUUGUGAUAUUUGUCAAAGAGCAAAACAGAAGAAAUUACCGUUUUCUAAUAGAGGCAAUAUUUGUUUUGCACCCUUUGACUUGCUUCAUAUUGAUGUUUGGGGUCCAUUCUCAGAGCCAACAGUAGAAGUCUUCCUCAUCAACAGAACACCAUCACCACUAUUAGAAAAUAAAACUCCAUAUGAGAAGCUUACUAACAAAGCACCAGAGUAUGAAGAUUUGAGGACAUUUGGUUGCUUAUGUUAUGCAAGCACUUCUCCAAAACAGCGAACUAAAUUCGAAGAUAGAGCCAAGGCAUGCGUCUUCUUGGGAUAUCCUGCAGGAUAUAAGGGUUAUAAACUGAUGGAUAUUGAGAGCAAUACUGAUUCUAAGAAUCAAGAUGGUGCACUAGAAUUUUUCCCUCAUAUUUGCACUCGUGUUUCAAACAUUGGUGAAUCAUCUGGGUUUUCUGAUCAGGGGGAACCACUUGCGUCUGGUAGACAGGGGGAAUCAAUUCCAGAGAUAGUACCAUAUGUUUUUCCUCCUGCGGUUAAGGUGCCUAAAAGAGUUUCUCGACCUCCUGGUUAUCUUCAAGACUAUCAGUGUUACUCUAUGCAAGAAUCUACAAAGCAUCCUAUUUCACAGGUCUUAUCCUACUCCAAACUCUCUGAUUCUUUCUGUGCUUAUGUCAACGCUCUUACCAAAUACCCUACACCAACUAGUUACUCUCAAGCUAGUAAAAUCAAAGAGUUUUGUGAUGCUAUGGAUGUUGAGAUAGUGGCUUUAAAACGAGCACACACGUGGGAUGUUUGUUCUCUUCCUCCUGGUAAGACCGUCAUUGGUUGUAAAUGGGUAUACAUUGUUAAGUUGAAUGCAAAUGGGAGUUUAGAACGAUAUAAGGCUCGACUAGUGGCAAAGGGAUAUACUCAAAAGGAGGGUCUUGACUACGUUGAAACCUUCUCUCCCGUUGCUCGAAUGGCCACUGUUAAGUUUUUACUGGCAUUUGCGGCGCCUAGAAAAUGGUUCCUUGAUCAGCUUGAUGUUUCAAAUGCAUUUCUUAAUGGAGAUUUAAAAGAAGAGAUUUAUAUGAGUUUACCUCCUGGUUAUGGUCCUAAAGAAGGAGAAUCGUUUCCACCAAAUGCUGUUUGCAAGCUUCGCAAGUCCCUAUAUGGCCUUAAACAAGCCUCACGACAAUGGUUCUUGAAGCUCUCUGAAUCUUUAGUUUCUUUGGGUUUUCAGGGUGGUACUGGUGAUGAUACACUGUUUACAAGAAAGACUAGAGAUGUGCACAUGGCAGUGUUGGUAUAUGUCGAUGAUAUCAUCAUAGCAAGCAGUUCCUCUAGUGCUACUGUUUCUAUCACCAUGGCCAUGAAGGAGACUUUUAAGUUGAGAGAUUUAGGUCCACCUAAAUAUUUUUUGGGUCUUGAAGUUGCAAGGACCUCGGCUGGUAUAUAUGUUUGUCAACGUAAAUAUGUUUUGGACUUAUUGGAUGAGACAGGACUAUUGGGGUGUGCACCAUUACCUAUUCCCAUGGAUCCUAGUGAUGUCUUAAACACUGAAACGGGGACGUUAUUGGAAGAUGUGGAACAAUAUCGUCGGCUGGUUGGUAAGCUUCUGUAUCUCACAUUCACUCGGCCUGACAUUACUUUUGCGGUUCACAAGUUGUGCCGAUUCACCUCUGCUCCACGACAACCUCACUUGAAUGCUGUCUAUUGA